AUGUCGACACGUAAAAGACCUCUCACCGAGGUCACCAACCCAUCCUCUACAGCCCAAACACCCCGCCGCUAUACACCAUCAACACCCCACGCGAUCCGCGCGCUACAGCAGCGUAGCGGUGCGAAAACACGGUCGCAGCGCGCGCGCAAGUUCGUUCCAGAGGAAGUCGACCCGGCAUCGGCUAGAGGCGUGCUGCGGCGACUGGCCAAAAUCACUGCUCCGAGUACACGCCCACUGCGGACACCAUCCACGGCCGGAAAAGAGAAUGUGCAGCCUAGAAGCGAAGACGAGGCGGAGGACCGGCAUCUCGAGAAGAGGCCUCGGAUGACAUUUGAUAUCGACGAGAGCAUUGAAGAGAGUAUGGAGGAGGAUCCCCCACAGUACGAGGAGGAGGACAGUGAUCUGCCGGCUGCACCAACUCCAUCAGUGUUACCGGACGAUGAGCACGAUCCAACGAUCACCUUUCAGUCAAUCGACUUUGCAAAGGAUGGGACCAGGGGGAAAUCACGCCUGUCGAUGCCGCCUGUCGAAGGAGCACUCGAUGACGACGCUACAAUGCUCACGGAGCGAGGGAGGCGGGCAUUCACUGAGGAUGCAACGGAACGACUUUCGAGAUACAGUUUUGGGAGUAUCAGGAUGAGUGAUUUUGGCUCGGAAUUGGAACAUCCCAGGGGCCCAGAAGCAAUGAAAGCAAGGCUAUCGGAGGCAAAUAGUGAGAUGAGGCGGAAGACCCUCGAUCGCGAAACACUGCUGGACGAGACCGAAGAUUUAACACAUCUCGCUCGGCGCUCGACGAUCGAUGAAGCCGACCUGAACAACUAUGAACCCGAAGUGGGCAACGGCGACUUCCAACUCGAUAUGCCCCUCGAUGACGAAGCCUCCGCUGCAGCUUCGAAGCAGCUGCAAGAUGGCUUCCUCCAACCUCAAGAAGAUGGUUGGGAAGAUAUCGAAGAAGACGCUGUCGAUGGAGAGCCUGCACGUCUUUCACCUAGCUCCAAGAGGAGGUUAACAGAGUUGCAACUCGCAUCUGCUAGGCAAGAAUCUGGUAGACGGCGGAAGCGGGUGAAGAUGACCAAGCAUGGCACGCUUGUACCUUUGUUACCUACCAGUCUCAUUAAGAAGAUUGCGACUGAAGUCCAGGUGCGCAACGGAAGACGCAAGCCAGCUUUUGGCUCGGAGCAUACCAAAGCCCUGGAGCAGGCGACCGAAUGGUUCUUCGAGCAGGCUGGUGAAGAUCUAGCGGCAUAUUCAAGCCACGGACGCCGGAAGAGGCGGAUUGACACCAGUGAUGUGCUCCUGAUGAUGAAGAGGCAGCGUGUGCUUCAACCGGGCCAGCUGCGCAAGCUUGCCAGAGAGUGGCUGCCGAAAGACGUGCGGUCCAGUUUGGAGUUGCCGGAUGACUUGUAA